CUUCCUUCCUUCCAGAAGGAGCGUGGUAAAGAUGGCGGAGAAGAGUUCUGUGCCGAGUGAUCUCUACAAGUGCGUUUAUUCAUUUCUGCGAGAGAACAAGUUUGCCAAGGCGGCGGAGCAGUUCCUGAAGCAGACUCAAGUGGCCCCACAAGACGAAAAUGAAGAAAACCUCCUAAACAUCUACAACUUCUGGGUGAAGUCUCCUGAAUCCAAGAAACGAAAAGUGCCUCCUACCAAGGCUGAAGCUACUAAUGCUCCAUCGGCCAAGAAAGCAAAGCCGAGUACAGAGGCCUCCAGCAGCGAAGAGUCGAGCAGCGAGGAUGAAGAAGCGGCUGCAAAACCAGCUGCUGCCGCUGCUAAGGUGAUCCCUGCUAAAGCAGCAGCAGCUACUAAAGCAGCAGCAGCUACUAAAGCUGCAUCCAGCAGCAGUGAAGACUCCAGUGACUCUGAGGAGGAGAAGGCUCCUGUAAAGGCUGCUGUGAAGCAGGUUGCUGUUGCUCCUGUAAAGAAGGUUGCUGCUGCCACUGCUGCAGGUAGCACAAGGAAGAAAGACAGCAGCUCAAGCAGUGAAGAGUCCGACUCUGAGGAAGAGCAGCCGGCUAAAGCCCCUGCACCAAAACCCAAGCUGGGUGCAGCCACAACAUCCAAACCUGCUGCUCCUGCUAAAGUUGCUCAGAAAAAAACGGAGAGCAGCAGUGAAGAAAGUUCCUCAGAUUCUGAAGAUGAGAAGCCGGCUAAGGCUCCCGUCAAACCCACCCCAGUAAAAGCUGCUGCUGCUGCGGAAUCGAGCAGUGAAGACUCUUCAUCUGAAGACGAGGCUCCUCCCAGUAAAAAGCCCAAAGCAGGAGCGUACAGUGCUGUACCACCUCCUGCAUCAGUCCAGAAAGCCCCAGCCACACCGGCAGCCAGCAAGGCCAAGGACUCCUCAGACAGCAGUGAUGACAGCAGUGACGAGGAAGAAGAGAAGAAAGUGGCUGCAAAACCUGCCGCUGUAAAGAGCCCUGCUGUCAAACCUGCUGCAGCCAAACCUGCUGCAGCCAAACCUGCUGCAAAGAAGCAGGAAUCCAGCUCCGAGAGCUCAGAUUCAAGCUCAGAUGAAGAGGCAAAGAAGGCCCCAGCCAAGAAGGCCCCAGCCAAGAAGGCCCCAGCCAAGGCGGCUCCAGCCAAGGCUGCAACUGCUAAGAAGCAAGAUUCAGACUCUGACUCAUCAAGUUCAGAGGAUGAAGAGGAGGCGAAGAAACCUGCAGCAAAAGUGACCCCUGCUAAGGCGUCUGCAGCUAAAGCUACACCAGCCAAGGCUACACCGGCCAAGGCUACACCUGCUAAAGACUCCUCCUCAGAAGAGUCCAGUUCAGAGGAGGAGGAGACAGCAGCGAAGAAGCCCACAGCUACACCGGCCAAGGCUACACCGGCCAAGGCUACACCGGCCAAGGCUACACUGGCCAAGGCUACAUCGGCUAAGGCUACACCUGCUAAAGAAUCCUCCUCAGAAGAGUCCAGUUCAGAGGAGGAGGAGACGGCAGCGAAAAAGCCCACAGCUACAGCGGCCAAGGCUACACCGGCCAAGGCUACACCUGCUAAAGAAUCCUCCUCAGAAGAGUCCAGUUCAGAGGAGGAGGAGACGGCAGCAAAGAAGCCCACAGCUACACCGGCCAAGGCUACACCGGCCAAGGCUACACCGGCCAAGGCUACACCGGCCAAGGCUACACCUGCUAAAGAAUCCUCCUCAGAAGAGUCCAGUUCAGAGGAGGAGGAGACGGCAGCAAAGAAGCCCACAGCUACGCCGGCUAAAGCUACACCGGCCAAGGCUACUCCGGCCAAGGCUACUCCGGCUAAGGCUACACCUGCUAAAGAAUCCUCCUCAGAAGAGUCCAGUUCAGAGGAGGAGGAGACGGCAGCAAAGAAGCCCACAGCUACACCGGCCAAGGCUACACCGGCCAAGGCUACACCUGCUAAAGAAUCCUCCUCAGAAGAGUCCAGUUCAGAGGAGGAGGAGACGGCAGCAAAGAAGCCCACAGCUACACCAGCUAAAGCUACACCGGCCAAGGCUACACCGGCCAAGGCUACACCGGCUAAAAAAGACGAGUCGUCAAGCUCAGAUGAAAGCUCUGAAGAUGAGGCUCCUUCAAAACCUGCUGCGAAAACUGCAUCCCCACCGAAACCUGCUGCUGCUUCCAAACCCCCAGCCAAGAAAGCUGAGAGCAGCUCUGAUUCAGAUGACUCCUCAGAGGAUGAGGAAGAAGCAGUUAAAGCCAAGCCUACAAAUACUAAACCAGCUACCCCAGCAGCAAAGCCUGCCGCUCCAGCUGCAAAGUCUGCUGCUGCAGAGAGCAGUUCUGAUUCCUCGGAGGAAGAGGAGGAACCAGCUAAAGCUAAGCCUGCUACCCCUGCAACUAAGCCUGCUACCCCUGCAACUAAGCCUGCUACCCCUGCAACUAAGCCUGUUGCAGCAGAGAGCAGCUCAGACUCUGACUCUUCUGAAGAUGAAGAACCAGUUAAGUCAAAACCUGCAGCAACUAAACCAGCUACCCCAGCCGCAAAGCCGGCCACACCUGCUGCAAAGCCUGCUGCUGCUGCAGAGAGCAGUUCUGACUCUUCUGAGGACGAGGAAGAACCAGCAAAAUCCAAGCCAGUAGCAGUAACUAAACCUGCUACCCCAACGGCAAAGCCUGCAGCAGAGAGUAGCUCAGACUCUGAGAAUGAGGCCUCAAAACCUGCAGCCAAGAAGCCAGCUCCAGCUAAAACAGUGGCUAAGAAACCUGCCGCUGCUGCAAAGGCCACGGCAGACUCCAGUGAUGAUAGCUCCAGUGAUGAGGAGGAACCCAAGAAGGCGGCACCACCGACACCCAAACCUGCAGCCACAAAGGCCGCAGCUGCUCCACCAAAGAAGACUGAGGAGAGCAGCUCAGACAGCUCUGACUCUGAGGCAGAGACCAAGUCCACCCCUGCUAAACCUGCAGUCACAAACGGUAAGGUGGCAACACCCAAGACCCCAGCCAAGUCUCCAGCCAAGACCCCAGCCAAGUCUCCAGCAAAGACCCCAGCAAAGCCAGAAGAGUCUUCAUCCAGUGACAGCAGCUCCGAGGAGGAGGAAGAGGCCAGUAAAGUAAAGAAACCUGCGACGCCCGCCACAACGCCAAAGACAACUCCAGCAGCUAAAGCUAAAGAGAGCAGCUCCUCAGACAGUUCAUCAGAUGAGGAGGAAGCACCACAGAAAGCUGCCACAGCACCCACCACCCCCACAACAAACGGUACCAAUGGAAAGAGAAAUAGAGAUGAAUCAGACAGUGAAGACGAAGAGACGGCGGUCACAACACCAAAAAACAAGAAGGCAUCCACCACACCUCAGACUUUCCCUAAAGCCAACAAGAAGUCCUCCAACGUACCUUUCCGUAGAAUAAUGGAGGAACGAGUUGAAGUGGAUCCCCGUCUUGCAGAUAACUCCUUUGAUGCAAAGGCUGGAUCCAGAGGUGACUGGGGAGAGAAAGCGAACGAUGUGCUCAGGUUCACUAAAGGCAAGUCAUUCCGUCAUGAAAAGACAAAGAAGAAGAGGGGAAGCUACCGCGGUGGAGCCAUCUCCCAGACUGUCAACUCCAUUAAGUUCGACAGUGAUUGAGCACCUUCUCUUCCUGGUUCCUAAUGCGAUCAAGACUUUGGACUGCCUGCCCCCUUCCCCUGUAUCAAGUCCCUCUGUCCUCAGCAGAUCAGCGAUGGAGGAAUGUGAACCUGUAGAGCCGAGCUGGCACUUCAAUUCAACUUGCUGCUCUAAGAUUGUAAUUGAGACAGUUAGUUUGGUCUGAGGCAGCAGGAGACGGAUGGACCCAGCUGUGCUGCAGACUGUACUGGUUGACAUCUACGUGACAUUACACUUAUAGCCACUAGGUGGCUGCAGGCCGCCUGGUAAUGAUAAAAAGCCAAUGUGAGUGUUUGGCCCUUCUUUUGUUUUGAUUUUGUUGACCUGUAUUAUUCUCAAAUAACAAAUGUCCUGUCACGUCCUUUGUGUGUCAGAAUUACAGCCUGCCAUCCCACCAGGAUCUUCAUUAUGUGAUAUUGAUUUUUAAUGGAUCAAAUGGUUGUUCCUUUUUCGUGAGGCCACAUUUAAAUGGGGCGAGGGUGUGUUCUUGGUUUUUUUCUCUUAACAUUACAUGACAACAUUUAGAGAGUAAAAAUGAGUUUUAUACUGUAUUUAUUACGUUUUAUUCCAAUUUGACCUUUAGGACCUCAGACAUUUCUUUCAUGCUGUUUUCAAGCCAUUUUGCUUUGAGGAGGUUUCUUGUGAUGUUAGGAUGCCUCUGUCUACCCCUCAUUCUGUUCACCUGUGGUAUGGGAUUAAUGGAUUGUUACAAACUUAACAGCCAUAAUUGUUUCAAUGAUUUUCAUUUACUCUAUAUACUUGUUUUUUAUUACCUGUUGUAGCUGUGAUUAAAGACUUAACAGAUUCAA